AUGCAUGCUCGAGGUCGCCGCGCAACGCAAGAGUCACGCGAUCAAAGAAGCUCUCGGGAACACACGCCUCCCCACGAUCGUGAGGAGAGCGUCUUCCCUCCUCCUCCACCUCCUUUGAAGGACUCUCGCGGUGGCCAGCGCUAUCUGAUUGAGCGGCUGUUAAACCACCGCGAUGUGAACGGACGUCGGACGAGUUACCUCGUCCGGUGGCGUGGUUAUCCCCCGUCCUGGGAUACUUGGGAGCCCCGCUCCCAACUGAUGAUUGACGUACUGGGUCUGGUUGAGCAGUACGACGCGGCACGGUCGUAA